AUGUAUUGUCAAAAAUGCAGAACUCCUUUGAAACUCGACUCUUCUCUUGACCAUCUCAACCCCUCCUCGUUUAAGAUUUUAGUCGACUCGACCCCUUCUCUACCAUCCCACACCCCCCAACCACCCAAAACACUUGCUGCUCGUGAGCGGAGAGAUAUAUAUGACAAGGCUGCACAAAAUGCUGGUCCAGCCCAGCAGAAACGCUCUAUACCGGCGCCUCAGAAGACUGCCACUAACUUCAAUCCUGCCAUGUCUUAUGUUAUGUUGAGCGAAUCUCAGCUUGGCCCUCUGUCACCAGAAGAGUCAAGUCCUUCGAAGAAGGUCCUCGAAAAAGACGCAAAGUCAACCGAUCAGCAUGACUCGACUAGUCUUUCUGCCGAGAUGGAAAAAAGCUUACGAUUAUGGGAGAUCUUGUCCUCUCGCUCAGACAUUGACCACCCAAUAUGUUCGGAAUGUACCGAUCUUCUGCUUGCAGGCCUUCAACAGAGGCAGACUACCGCCAACCGUGAACGUCAGGCAUAUGCCGAAUUUCUCAAAAAGGCCAAGACGGACGUCCCAUCAGAGGAAGAGCAACGUCAAGCACGCGAAGCCCUAGCUGCUGCCAAGCAACAAGAACAGAAAGCUCUAGAGGAACUUGAAGCUCUUGAAGCAGAGAAGGCUGCCAUGGAGGAAGAGAUUGCUGCUCUUAAUCGUGAAGAAGCCGAACUCGAAGAAGAGGAAGCUGCUUUCUGGCGACAACGCAACGAGUUUGACGAUACCGUCACCAAAUUCAGGGAGCAGAAUGACAGCCUUCUCAACCAGCUACAGUUUGACACCAAGUUACUGGAGUCUCUACAGCGGACGAAUGUGUACAACGACUCGUUCUGCAUCGAUCACGACGGGCCUUUUGGCACCAUUAAUGGCCUGAGGUUGGGCAAACUGGCGGAUCAUUCUGUUGAGUGGCCAGAGAUCAACGCCGCUUGGGGGCUUUGUGUCCUACUGCUGACUGUAGUUGCUGAGAAGUUGGGUUACACCUUUCAUGGUUAUAGACCUCUGCCGAUAGGCUCUACGUCCAAGAUCGAAAAGCUUGAGUUCCCGGCGAACGAUCAAUCGCGGACAGGAAAGCCCAAGAUCACCACAUUGGAUCUGUUCUGCAAUAGUGACCUUCCUCUUGGUUUGGGCUUCCUGCACCGUGGGUUCGACAAUGCGAUGGUCGCAUUUCUAGAAUGCCUUCGACAAUUGGGUGAGCACGUUGAGCAAUCUCCCUCUUAUGUUGGUGCUUCUGCCCUCAGUCGCAAGCUACCCUACAAAAUAAGCAAGGACAAGAUCGGUGAUAACAGUAUAAAGCUUGGAACUUUCAACCAAGAAGAAGCUUGGACGAGGGCAUGUAAAUACACUUUGACGUGCUGCAAGUUCUUGCUCGCGCACGCAAGCCACGUUGACGAUUUGAAGCAGGAUGGUCAGACUACUCGAUAG